AUGGACCAUCAAGGCAACAUGGAAAGUCUGGGGUUCGACAUGCCCCAGUUUGCCUCUCAAUCGACACCACAAAUGUUCGGCGGGUACAAUGUGGACGGCACUUCUCUCAAUGGUGGCAUUCCCUCAGCAAACUAUUUUGACUUCAAUGACGGCGUUGGCGACGAUAAUGAUCCCAAACGCCGGCGCAUUGCGAGAGCUUGCGAUAUGUGUAGGAAAAAGAAGAUCAAGUGCGACGGAAAGAUGCCCAAGUGCGGGCACUGCAUCAACUACAAGACGGAGUGCGUCUUUACGCAGGUGGAAAAGAAAAGGAAUCCCCCGAAAGGGGCCAAAUAUAUCGAGGGUCUCGAGAACCGGCUCGGGCGCAUGGAGUCCUUGUUGCGCAUGUCUGGACUCUUGUCCGAGGACGAAACCGGCAGAACUGAUUUAGGUACCCUCGAGAAGCGGCUUGCAGAAAAGGCAUCCUCGAAUCAAGCGUCGCGGCGAAGGACAGAUUCGCCAGUGCCUCCCAGAAGUGGUGCGGCGUCGACCAUGCCGGAAAAUUCCCCGCAAGCAGGGUCGCUGAAAGACUCUCAUGACACGCCGGCCGAGUCCUUUACCAGUCCCAGCCCCGAUGGUGACCGGGGAGGCCAAGAUGAUGUGGGAAAUCUGUCUGAAGCCAUGUGCUCGCUCGUCACAAACAAUGUGGGCGAGACGAGGUAUAUCGGUUCAUCGUCGGCGUUUUCCAUCUUCUCAAGCAAGGGCAUUGAAUGGGUCAAUGAGAAGACCGGCGACACUUCAUUCCAAGAAACCAUCCAGAACGCCGUCAGCGAGGAUGACCUACGGUGGCAGUCAUGGAAGCCGGAAAUCUUUGGCGACAUCUACGUCCGCCGAGUUUUUAAACCGUUACCGCCCAAGGAAGAGGCCCUUUCAUUAUUCAAAGACUUCUUCGAGAAUUUCAAUUGCAUGUUUCCCUUGUUUCACGAACCCACGUUCAUGCACUUGGUGGAGAAGCAAUACUCGAAAGACCCUUAUGAGGGCAGUGGCUGGUGGGCUAGUAUCAACGUCGCCCUGGCCAUCGCUUACCGCAUCCGAGUCAUGAGUAAUGUCGUCCCGCACGAGGAUGAUCAAAAGGCGUGGUUAUAUUUGAAGAACGCGAUGGGGGUGAUUGCUGAACUCACCAUGCGGAACACCGAUCUUCUCAGCGUUCAAGCACUGCUAGGGAUGGCCUUGUUUUUGCAGGGAACGCCGAACCCUCAGCCGUCAUUCUUCCUCAUCGCCGCAGCAAUCAGAUGUUCCCACGCGAUUGGCUUACAUAAGCGAGGUUCGGCAUUUAACCUCAACCCGAUCGAGGUCGAACAGCGCAAACGAGUCUUCUGGAUUGCAUAUCUCCUUGACAAGGAUGCCUGUCUCCGCUCUGGAAGACCGCCUGCGCAAGAUGACGACGAUAUGAACGUCGACCUGCCGUCGGAAGACCCCCCAGACAAUAUUGGAAACGUUCCUUUGGCGGACGGAAAGGGCAAAAUCAAUCUCUUCCGCCUAAUGUGCGAAUUUGCCAUGAUCUCCAGCAGGGUCUAUCGACAACUUUAUUCUGUUCGCGCAUCGAAACAGAGUGAUGGAGAACUUCUCAACACGAUCGGCGAGUUGGACAAAGAACUCGAGGCCUGGAAGGACAGUAUCCCCAUCGACUUCCGACCGGAGCACGAAAUCAAAACAUCGCACACUCCACUCAUCCUGCAUAUUGUCGUCCUCCAUUUCUCCUACUACAACUGCUUAACCACCAUCCACCGUAUGUCGGUUCACCAUGGCUACUGGACUAGUCGACUGGCGGACUUUGCUAUUCAAGGAUUGAACGCCCGACCUCUCAACCCUCGCGUUUUCUCCUCUGCAGCCCUAUGCGUAUCAGCCGCUCGGGCAUCAAUUCAUUUGAUCAAGUACAUUCCGCAAGGCGACUUCGCCUGUGUAUGGCUGAUUAUCUACUUCCCCGUCUCCGCGCUGGUCACUAUAUUUGCAAACAUCCUGCAAAAUCCUCAAGAUACGCGCGCCAAAGCCGACAUCAAAUUGAUGGAUCUGGUGGUCAACUUUCUGUCCAAUGUGAGCAAUGAGGAGUCUUCCGGAUCAUUAAAACGCAUUCUCACGAUCUGCUCCGAAUUUGCCCGAAUCGCACGGGUGGUUAUCGAAAAGGCGGAAAAGGAGGGGUCGAAGCGGAAGCGCAGACUCGUGCCGGAAGAAGUCGUGCGCGUCAAUCAAUCCGCCAUGGCACAAGCACAGGCGCAGAUCAAUAGACAACGACCGUCUGGUUCACGCAGGUCGAGCGGUGCUGCUGCAGGAUCGCCUCGUGACCCUGGCACCGUACCCUCCACGUCAGGAAUGCCAAACAACACGUCAACCAGCGCCACCAUGAACAAUGGAAUGGGUCCUAACGCCACAUUUUUUAACUUACCCAGCCAAGAUAAUGACUAUGCAGAUAUAUUGAACCAGAACGGGGCGAGUCCUGAUAUCGGCCAGCAGACCAUGCCCAGCGCCACCAUGUCUCCUCUCAAUGUCGGAUCCUUUCAACAUCCCUUUGUCCCGCAGGAUUUGUGGCAGAUGCCCAUGACUUUCGAAUGGGACUGGGCCGAUUUCGGACAGCCUAUGGGUAGCGAUUUCAUUUUCAGCGACGGUCUUAACGAUGGAAUGCAAAAUAUGCCUCAUCAACAGUGA